UUUGAGUUAGAUUUCUACAGAGCAGACAACUAUUUCUCACAAGUUUAGCUUAAAUUCCCGGGCUGAAAACCCAGAUUGAAUAUUGUAAUAUUAGUGUACCACCAUAAUGGACGGGCAGACGGGUGAAGAGAUCAAACCAAAUCCACAGUCGCGGAAACUAAAGUUCUCCGGGAUUUGCCAGCUGAAUGAUGAGGAACUUGAGCAUCUCUACAAGAUCGAUAAGCUGACGGACGAGGAGCUGGCCUCCGUGGACCUGGAGAGAAGCUCCCUAAUCGAUGACUAUCGUCAUUUGCACGAGCUUUCGCAGAUUUGGCAAAAGGAGAACAAAGCCGCACCGCCUUCCAGCCUCUCGGAGUGGGAGUUACACAAAGAGCUGCAGCAUAUGGAGUACAAACCUAAGAAGGUGUACAAAUUUCACUUGCUCAACAAGUUGGUUAAGGUCAUGAGUUUCGAGAAGGACCCGGCGUCCAUCUUCAGCGAGCAGCAGUUGCAGUUCGAUGCGGACUACCAUGACGAGAAGGUCUAUCUGCUUCCGCCCAAGGAUUGUCUGCGUCGCCGCCUGGAGUCCUUCUACGACCACCUGGACAACAUGUUCGUCUGCGGCGAUCGCAACAUGGCCAUCGACUUGGUGGUGCAGGGCAUCCUCCGUUUGAACAGGCGCCGCAAGUGGCAGAGCGGUGGCCUCAUCCCAGAAACAAAUUCCUACCUAGAAAGUGCAAUGUCAAGUGCAGGAUUAUCGACCGAAUUUCUGUUUUUUAGUUAAAUUUUUUCCUCACUCCGAAGAAGGGACAACUUCCCACGGUAUACUGUUAUUAGAACAAAUUUUAAGAUAAAGCUUGCUUGACCAUUAAAAAAUGUAGAAACAUACAUACACAUUUUAUUUGGUAAUAAUGUGGGUUUUUGUACAGCAAAAUCCUAAUUUCUUGGCCAAAAAAAGUCGCAAAGACAAUAUUAUUGCAGUUUUGUAAAGCUAAUAAACAGAUCUAACUUACCCCA